AUGUCGCGUUUCCUCACGCCGGCCAAGAUCGGCCUGCUGGCCCUGAUCGAGCUCUACGCAGACAAAGCCGUCCCCACUUCCUCCAUAGUCGAAGUGCUUUCCUUCAUUACCUCACACCUGAUCGACAGCGAUAUCUCGGGGCCUGCAGGCGCAAGCAGAGGGCACUGGAAACGGGCUGAAAGCACUGUCAGCUUGGUGAUAUCGAUCGCGGACUUUGAAAAGAUCCUCAGUCCGCACACGGCUGCUUCUGGCAUGCCCGGCAGGAGUCUGUGGUAUGUUUUCCUGGACAGACUAUGGAAGAUCAACUCGUUGGAUGCCCUGCAUGAGUUCUUCGACCGCCGCUCAGAUCUUCUGGCCAAGACAAAAGAUGAGCUCCGACGCGAAGCGGAGAUGGGGGUCGAACCGCCGCCGGCGGAUGCUAUCCUCCUUUCGCGAAACUCGCCUUUCGGGGCAUUCGUGCGGAGGGCACAGCUCGAGUUCACAAGGUUGCGUUUCCAUGAUGCCUUCGAGCUUUGGAAGGAUUUUGUAAGAUACCGCCAGACGACUGCGGCCUACUACCGCAAGAAGACACCUGCUUUCCAGCGGCUGAGCUUCGAUAAUGUCCUCCUGGAGGGCGAGCAUGCAUGGGGCGAGGGUGUAGAAGCUGUUGCUUCAGUAGCAUACGGGGACAUGCUGCGAGAUGAUCCCAACUCGACAUUGCCAGUGAGCACCGAUGACAUCGAGAAGCUCUUGGAGUUUCAGAUUGAGCAAAUGCAGAAAUAUGGGAACAGAAUACCUCUGGAAAUUCGUCACCAGUUCCAGGACUUGCUCCAUGAUAGUUUCAUGAUACCUAGCCUGUCCCACUACCUGAGCUAUCUCGAUGCCUGGAGGGCAGGAGACUAUUCAACGUCUUUCGACUAUCUGCACAGAUACUUCGACUACACCAUGCAGAACAGAGACCGCCUCUUCUACCAAUACGCACUCCUAAACUUGGCGGUAUUACAUGCCGACUUUGGUUGCUACAAAGAAGCUCUGUCCGCAAUGCUCGAGACAGUGUCAACCGCCCGAGAGAACCGAGAUAUGACAUGCUUGAAUUUUGCCCUGAACUGGUUGUUCCAUUUUGGCAGGGCGCACCCAGAAGUUACCCGCGACCUAGAAUCAAACAGCAUGCUAGGGACGAAAAAGGAGUCCCUUGCUUUCCUGCGCAGCAAGGCCAAGGAUACUGGCAUGUGGACACUUUGGACGUCAGCCCUAGCCAGUGAGGCCAAGAUGAAUCUCUCCAACGGCGAAAGCAUCUCGACCGCGCUCGAGCACAUGGUGCGAAGCUCCCAGAUCCUGGUGGAAAGAAAUAUGACCGGCGUCAUGGGCUCGCAGAUAUCACUCAACAUUGCUCUGUGGGAUCGGCUUGGGGUAGCCUAUCUUUCGUCCACCUUCUGUGAGGUAUUCCUCCGCUGCCAUGCCAAGCACUCCGUCUUCGAUGACGAGCUGAAGGUCACAAGUCGGAUAGCUUCCAUGCUGGCCAUGAGAGGGAAAUACGACGAGGCUCUGGACAGACUAGAAAGCAUGGACCCCAACUCGCUGCGCUCUUGGAAGCCAAGCCAGUAUUGGCACAAAUUCAGGGGUAUCAUCAAGCUGCGUCGCGAUUUGCACCACAACAAUCUCGACGGGGCCGAGCACCUGCUGUCGCAGCUCCUUCAAAACAAACAAGAAGAUCUCGAGCCCGACCUGGCUUUUGCCAUUGACAGUCUACAUAUCGACUGCCUCGUCCGGCGCGGCAACCUCGAGAGGGCGUUCGCCAAGGUCGAGGCACUGGUUUCCGAACUACGUGACGAGAACAAAGACAUCGCGCUCCGCGUGCGACUCCUUCUCAUCAAAGCUGAAUUGCUGGAUCGAUGCGGGCGGCCCCAGAAGGGCUUCACCAUUGCCGUGCGUGCCGCCAACGUCGCAUGGCGGGCGCGUCUCAUUCCGUACCUAUGGCCGGCCAUUGGCGCUGUCUCCAACAUCCUCAUAUCGCUCGGAGACUUUGAGCCGGCCCUCCAGCUGCUGAGAGCUAUUCUCCCCCGCAGCCUCGAGUGCGAAAACGCUGCCAUGACCGCGAAGCUGUACUCCAUACUGGGCGAUGCGAACAUGGGCAUGGCUGGCAAGAUGGCGCCCAGGUCGAACAAGAGACGGGAGUACAUGACGAAGGCGGUCGAGGCCAUUGAGAAGGCGUUCAACCACUACUCGAGCGUGGAAGACAUCAGCAAGCAGUGCGAGAUGAUGGCUAAGAAAGCUACCAUAAUGAGGGUCUCGGGCGAACAUGUGCUGGCAAAUGAUUACGCAGCGGCGUACCUUGCUCUACGGAAAGAUGCCGCGCAAGCUGAGACGUGA